AUGAGCCAGACGACACCCAUACCGCUUCAGUCUUUCUUGCAGCUUUUGACGUCAAGGAAAGUUUCCAUCGCGCGUGCCAUGAAGAUAGCUGGACAGGUCGCUAGUUACAAGCAGUGCAAUACACCCGAACAACUUGGUCGACUCACCAACGCUUCUCUUCUGGGCUUCGGUGUCUCUGAGAAGGAAGAUCGAGACGCUAUACUCAACGCCGUCAAUAAGGCCGGUUACCGUGCGCAAGCUGUGGCGAAAUCUAAGGAGCAAGCGGCAAAGAAGCGCAAAGCUGCAGAGACUAAGAUCGGUACAAGGACGUCACUGUCUCGUCAUGGAAGGCCGGAGGCUACGACUGUCGAUGAUUCUCUAAAGAUGGUCCAGGAGACCGAUUUUGCUAUCGACCUACCGAAGCCUUUCCCGCGUAAGCGACGCAAGUUGGAUGACACGAAGCUCAAGAACGAGUUUCUUCCUGACAAAUCUUGGGACGAAGGCGAUGCAUUGAACAGUUUCGACUUCGAAGAGACCCUUGCUGAAGAGGCGCUUGCAGACCAGUACGCUAUAGUCAAUCGAGCGCCGAUUAUGAUGGCUUGGUCGUGUAUUGUCGCCGAACGAAUUGGUUUUGCGCGAGAGGAAGCUCUCAGCAUCGCGUCCGUGUAUACAGAGAUGAACGCUAUCACGAGGGGUUUAUCUCUGGGCAUAUACGACAAGACGAGCGCGGAAGUCGUAGAGGCUUCUCCUCACGGCACACAGCCUUACGCCGAAGUGAUGGGCCGGCGCAUACCAUUGUACAAGACCUCGGAGGGUUCUUGGCGAGCUCUCAACAAAGAUAGUAAACCCGCAUCCCCCGCCACCGCUUUUUCAUAUAUCUCUCGGUCUUUGAAGCAGAAUACAUCCGAAAUCGUUGGAUCUUUGCGUUUGCUCGCGCAAAGUCACACGGCCGAACACAUCAACCGCGUUGGGUGGUCACUUUACGCAGAGUUCAGGCCGGAAGCGAAUGGAUGGGGAAAACGAGGUCGAGUGGAUUGCGAUGUUAUCCUGGGAUUACGACCUCGGUCAGGAGCCGAGGAAGCAAGACCCGCCGUCGGAAUGUCCUCAGAGAACGCGGCCAAACCCCAGGAGGACGAGACCGCUUUGCCCUCUACGGUUGAUGGAGAGGACGUGGACCUAUCAGAGAUCGACUUAUUUGGUGACUUUGCCAUCGAGGAACCCGAUGCCCAGCCUGACCCGGUGACCGUGACUGAACGCUCACGUUGUACUGCAAAGACAUGA